AUGGCUGCUAUUCACAAGGCGAAUAAUGACGACCUCAAGGCUGGUGCCUUGUUUGAUGUUUCGCAUAUCACUGCUGUCGUUACAGGCGGUGCCACGGGUAUUGGCUUGAUGAUUACUCAAGCUUUGGUAGCCAACGGAGCCAAGGUUUACAUUACCGGUCGCCGAACAGAAGUCCUUGAGCAGACCCAGAAGGUGUAUGGUGAUGGACCUGGAAGUAUCCACGUCCUACCUGGUGAUGUGAGCUCCAAGGACGAAGCUAUCCGUCUGGCGAAGGAAGUUGGCGAGAAAGAGCCGAAGGGUAUUCAUUUACUUGUCAACAACGCUGGUAUCGCAAGAGACGAUGAGACUAAGUUCUCUUCGGUCGGCGAGCCUGACAUGACAGACGCCCAAGCUAUCUCUGAUCACUUCUUAAAAACGAAACCCGAACAAUGGGCCGAAACACUUCAAACAAACGUCACAGGGCCAUACUACAUGUCCGUGGCCUUCCUCCCACUUCUCGCAAAAGGCCGCGACGCCGUCCCCGGCUAUACUUCCCAAAUCGUGAAUGUCUCAUCUAUCUCCGGCGCGAUGAAGGGCUCCAGCAUGGGUCAACCCGCCUACGCUACAUCGAAGGCUGCCGUGACACAUCUCAGCCGCAUACUCGCCACUCUGUGCAAAGAUGUUAAGGUCCGCGUUAACGUUAUUGCUCCGGGAUUGUUUCCCAGUGAGAUGACCACUGGCAAGUCGGACGAGGGUAAUAAGAGUGAGAUCAAGAAGAAGAUGUCGAACCCUGCUGGACGACCUGGUAAUGAUAGCGAUAUGGCUGCUACGAUCUUGUUCUUGGUUGGAAAGGGUGGCUUGUUCUACAAUGGACAGAUUGUCUAUCCUGAUGGAGGAAACACUCUUGUUCAACCCGCCAUUGCCAACUAG